AUGACGAUAUUCUCGAAACCGCUCAACCCUAAUGAACUAUUUCGACACCAGUCAUCACGACGACCGUUGCUUGUUCUGAUCGCAACAGUUCUCAUUCUUCGGUCUAGACUGUUUAAACCCUUUAGGAACAAGUCAAGCAGUACACCAACGUACAGUCAAAGCGAGCUUGCCAUCGACGCUGUUCACUUUCCGCUGGUGCAUGCUACUCCAGGACUGGGUCUUCCAUUUGUGCACCAGCUCCGUUCGCUCUUGCGAAUCGUCCUCCCUUCGCUUUACACUCGUGAAGCACUCCUACUCACUGCUCACUCUACAUUUCUCGUUCUUCGUACAGUGCUGAGCAUAGCUGUCGCCCGCCUAGAUGGUCGCAUAGUAAGAGACUUGGUCAGUGCAGAUGGCAAAGGGUUCUUGACCGGCCUCGCUCUAUGGUUCGCACUUGCUAUACCAAGUAUAUAUACAAACUCCAUGAUUCGCCACCUCCAAUCUACACUCUCCCUCAGGUUUAGAACCCGCUUGACUCGAUACAUCCACGACCUCUACCUCUCCUCCGCUCCCUAUCUCCGCUACUACCGCGUUCCCCUCCAUGGCAUCGAUCAGUACAUCACAGCAGACGUCGACGCUUGGGCAGAGAGUGUCGCUGGUAUCUACGGCAAUCUCAUGAAACCCUCCCUCGACCUCCUUCUCUUCACCUCCCAACUCGCAAGGUCUCUUGGAUUCAGAGGCACCGUACUACUUUUUAUCAAUUAUUAUAUUACUGCCAAGAUCCUCCGUGCCGUGACACCUGCCUUUGGUCGUCUCGCAGCCGUAGAAGCCCGCCUGGAAGGCGAAUAUAGAGCUGGUGUAGGACGCGUCGGGAGAGAAAGCGAAGAAGUUGCGUUCUACGACGGAGGCGCACGCGAACGAGAUAUACUGACGAGAACGUAUCUGCGAUUGAUCAAACAUGUCAAUUCGAUAUAUAAGAUCCGCAUCGCAUACGAAUGGACAGAAGAUUUCGUCAUUAAAUACCUCUGGUCCGCCGCUGGGUACGGGUUGAUAGCCGUACCGUUGCUUAUCACAAGGAAGCGCUCCCGUGAUGCGGGUGUCGUGGAUGGAAAGGGAAAGCGGGGACGGAACCAGAAGAGCGAAGCAGAUGGUAUCGUUGCUGCCAGGACAGAAACCUACAUCUCCAACCGACGCCUUCUCCUCUCCCUCGCAGACGCGGGUGGGAGACUCAUGUAUGCGUAUAAAGAUCUGCAAGAGGUUGCUGGGUUGACUGGGCGACUCUAUACCCUCCUUUCAACUCUCCACAACCUCCCACCUCUCCCUCUUGCACUCUCAGGGGACGGUGAUACAUUCGCGCUGAAGGACGUGGAUAUAUGCAUUCCAGAGGAUCCUUUGACCUCUCCCAACUCACCCUCACCCACACCUUCUCAUUCCCUCGCUACUACAUCCAAGCUCCAAGCUCACGCAGAACCAAUCCCCCCAGCCCCAUCCUUGGAAGCGACUUCCUCAGAAACUCUCUCAGGGCCAAACACCACCCUCGUCCGCGCACUCACGCUCACGCUCCGACCAGGUAUGCACCUCAUGAUCACAGGAUCUAACGGGGUUGGGAAGACGGCUGUUGCACGUGUUUUGGCAGGGCUUUGGGCGCCUGGAAGUCGUUCGACGCUCAGGAGCUCUAUGUGUACUGAUGGCACGGUUGCGCGUCCUGUUGAUGAUGCACUUACGCGUCCCACAGACGACGCAGAUGGUCGUCCAGGCGUAUUCGUCAUUCCCCAACGUCCCUACCACCCCACAGGGUCCCUCUUAUCCCAAAUCAUAUACCCACAUUCCGUAUCCGAGUUCACUGCGUCCCCCGCAGCGCUGUCAGAACUCGAAAUCUUGCUGGACGCUGCUCACCUUGGGUAUUUGGUGGAUAGGGAGGGUGGGUGGGAUGCGGUUAAGGAGUGGAGGGAUGUGUUGAGUGGGGGGGAGAAGCAGAGGCUUGCGAUGGCUCGCCUUUACUACCAUCGUCCCAAAUUCGCGAUUCUAGACGAAUGCACAUCCGCCGUGAGCUCCGACGUCGAAGGCCAGAUGUACGAGCACGCAAAGGCAUUAGGGAUCACCUUGAUCACCAUUUCCUUGCGACCGUCUCUGACAAAGUAUCACACGCAUAUAUUGACUCUUACGGGUGAUGGAACAGGCAGUUGGACCUUUAACCGGAUUGCUACGCCUCGGGCUCAUGAGGGGCGUGGUGAGAACGGAUUGGCGACACCGCCUGGCGAAAGCGAACCAACUGCGGGGGGUGGCGAACGUGAACUAACAACAGAGGACACAGGAGCCAAAUACCUCGCGCGCGUCCUCGAAGAGAUACGUGUGCUAGAGUCACGGAUUGAAGAGUCGCGUGAGUGGGAGAAGAGGGUGAGAGAGCUUGGGGAGGAGUUGAAGGCGAAGUGA